UGGCUUUGAGGCGACAGUAAUGCUCGGGUAUCGUUCGGAUCGAAAAAGAAGUCGGAGAGGUUCGAGAUUGCGGACCCGACGUCGAAUAUGUGUCCCGCCGUAUAGUCUUCGAUAAUCCAUCCCGAGACAUCGAUGCUGGAGUAGCUGAGGUUUUGUUUGGAGGAAUCGAUACCGACACAUUUGAAGGUUACUUGAGCGGACCUCUCCCGAUGCUGGUAAACCCGGACAGCGGGCAGGUGGAGAGGUAUGAGAUCAUGCUUACAGAUGUAUCUCUAACUCUCAAUGGCUCUACGUCUGAAGUUUCCAAUGGAAGUCUGCCCGUUGCUGUCUUGUUGGACAGCGGGAGCCAAUUGUCACAGGUUCCGUCGGAUAUAGUCGACAACAUCGCGGCUGUACUCGGUCUAACUUCUUCUGACCUGCGAAAUGGUUUUCCGUGUGACAUGUUCUCUGAGUACUCUGCGGAUGAUACAUCCAAUGACAUCUUCUCCUUCUCUUUUGACAACGGUACGACCUACGUCAAUGUCCCGUUUCAUGAACUCAUUGUGCCCGACACCAACGACGGGGGGUCCGUGACUGACCAAAACGGCAACAUCGUCUGCGUAUUGGGCAUGGUACCCCUCGCUCCAGGCCCUCCGACUUAUGAUUCUUCCUACAUUCUCGGCGAUACAUUUCUCCGCUCCGCCUACGUUGCCUACGACAUUGACAACCUCGAGAUUUACGUAGGGAAGACCGUUUUCAACUCGACUACAAGUAACAUCACAUCCGAGUAGCUGGACGUUGAAUUCGCUGCGCCGUCAAUGAUUGUGAACUUUUCCCUUUCCUAAGUUUCGGAUGGAAUACAGUCUUUACCUUUUGAUUGCUCAGUUUAAUGUAGUAUAUAGUCAAUGAACCUUUUAAUUCUGAUGGGUUACCGUUCC